GUUAUAGCUUCAUGCUCCACUCCCACAAUUCUGUGCUGCAUGGGGACAAAUAAUAGCUGCAAUAGAGCUUUGUGUUACUGUGACGAGUUCUGCUUACAAGCUAAUGACUGCUGCUCGGACUACACAUCAACCUGCACACAAUUGACUACAGUGAAUCCCGUAGUAAACGCCACAAGAAGCAAUAUAAUAAUCCCAACUCCAACACCUACCAACUCAACAAAAGAUACCACAACAAGCUCAACUCCAACACCUACCAACUCAACAACAGCUACUACAACAAGCUCAACUCCAACACCUACCGACUCGACAACAGCUACUACAACAAGCUCAACUCCAACACCUACCGACUCGACAACAUAUACUACAACAAUCCCAACUCCAACACCUACCAACUCAACAUCAGAUACUACAACAAUCCCAACUCCAACACCUACUGACUCAACAACAGCUACUACAACAAUCCCAACUCCAACACCCACCAACUCAACAACAGCUACUACAACAAUCCCAACUCCAACACCUACCAACUCAACAACAGCUACUACAACAAGCUCAACUCCAACACCUACCGACUCAACAACAGCUACUACAACAAGCUCAACUCCAACACCUACCGACUCAACAACAGCUACUACAACAAUCCCAACUCCAACACCUACCAACUCAACAACAGCUACUACAACAAGCUCAACUCCAACACCUACCAACUCAACAACAGCUACUACAACAAGCUCAACUCCAACACCUACCGACUCGACAACAUAUACUACAACAAUCCCAACUCCAACACCUACCAACUCAACAUCAGAUACUACAACAAUCCCAACUCCAACACCUACUGACUCAACAACAGCUACUACAACAAUCCCAACUCCAACACCCACCAACUCAACAACAGCUACUACAACAAUCCCAACUCCAACACCUACCAACUCAACAUCAGAUACUACAACAAUCCCAACUCCAACACCUACUGACUCAACAACAGAUACUACAACAAGCUCAACUCCAACACCUACCAACUCAACAUCAGAUACUACAACAAUCCCAACUCCAACACCUAACGACUCAACAACAGAUACUACAACAAGCUCAACUCCAACACCUACCGACUCGACAACAGAUACUACAACAAGCUCAACUCCAACACCUACCGACUCGACAACAGAUACUACAACAAGCUCAACUCCAACACCUACCGACUCGACAACAGAUACUACAACAAGCUCAACUCCAACACCUACCAACUCAACAUCAGAUACUACAACAAUCCCAACUCCAACACCUAAUGACUCAACAACAGAUACUACAACAAGCUCAACUCCAACACCUACCGACUCGACAACAGCUACUACAACAAUCCCAACUCCAACACCUACCGACUCGACAACAGAUACUACAACAAUCCCAACUCCAACACCUACCGACUCGACAACAGAUACUACAACAAGCUCAACUCCAACACCUACCAACUCAACAACAGCUACUACUACAAACCCAACUCCAACACCUAACGACUCAACAACAGAUACUACAACAAGCUCAACUCCAACACCCACCAACUCAACAACAGCUACUACAACAAUCCCAACUCCAACACCUACCAACUCAACAACAGCUACUACAACAAUCCCAACUCCAACACCCACCAACUCAACAACAGCUACUACAACAAUCCCAACUCCAACACCUACCGACUCAACAACAGAAACUACAACAAGCUCAACUCCAACACCUACCGACUCGACAACAGCUACUACAACAAUCCCAACUCCAACACCUACCGACUCGACAACAGAUACUACAACAAUCCCAACUCCAACACCUACCGACUCGACAACAGAUACUACAACAAGCUCAACUCCAACACCUACCAACUCAACAACAGCUACUACUACAAACCCAACUCCAACACCUAACGACCCAACAACAGAUUCUACAACAAGCUCAACUCCAACACCUACCUUCAUAUCAACUACACCAGACGUCAUCCUUACCACUCUACUAGCAUCUCUCAGCUCAUCCAUGUAUACUACACCUACUGGCUCAACUGUGCAAACUACAACAUGUAUGCUACAGUGCAUACAACAGCAAACAAGUCCAACUUCUACCACAUCAACAACAGAAACUACAACAAUCCCAACUCCAACACCUACCGACUCAACAACAACUACUACAACAAUCCAAACUCCAACACCUACCGACUCAAAAACAAUUACUACAACAAUCUCAACUCCAACACCUAAGGACUCAACAACAGAUACUACAACAACUCCAACACCUACCGACUUAACAACAAAUACAACAAUUCCAACACCUUCAACCACUAACUCAACGAACACUACAACAAUCCCAAAACCUACCGACUCAACAACAGAUACUACAACAAUUCCAACUCCAACACCUACCGACUCAACAACAGAUACUACAACAAUCUCAAUACCUACCAGCACAAUAACAGAACCCACCACAACAAGCUUAACCCCAACAACUACCAGCACAACAACAGAAUUUACAACAAGCACAACUACAACACCUACCAGCACAACAACAGAAACCACCACAACAAGCUCAACUACAACACCUACCAACACAACAACAGAAACCACCACAACAAGCUCAACUACAACACCUACCAACACAACAACAGAAACCACCACAACAAGCUCAACUCCAACACCUACCAGCACAACAACAGAAUUUACAACAAGCACAACUACAACACCUACCAGCACAACUACAACACCUACCAGCACAACAACAAAAAACACCACAACAAGCUCAACUCCAACACCUACCAACUCAACAACAAAGACCUCAACAAGUCCACCUCCACCUGCUGGCACUGCGACAUAUAUAAUACGAGUGACUGUCAUCUCUGGGGCUGGAAAAGAUGUUGCAUUGGCCAACUUGGUAACUUAUGCUGCACAGCUGCAGAAGAAUGCAUUGAGUUCAUGUACAAAUUGCACACUGGACAUCGUAAGCAUCCAAUAAAAACUCUACCAGCCAAUUUCUACCAGUUGCCUCCAUAUUCUAACAGAUUUUUCACAUGUUUAGUUGGAGCCCACUUCUUACAGCAUGAGUAAAAUUUAAGUCACACAGUUUUCUUGCAUUAUAUCUAAAAAAUAAUAUAUUUGAGAUGUUAAAAGCUGUAAAGUACAAAUAUAUUGCUAUUGUCUAGUCUGUAAAUGAAUGUAUAUUAUUUGAGCUCCAGAAAAGUUAUUGAGGUCUAAAAGUUGAAUACCUGAAGCUAUUGUGUGUAUAAUGUAAAGAAAUAACAGAAAUGCAAAGAUUUGUAAAUGUCAGAGCCAUAUUUUAUUUUUAAAAAAUAUU